CCCCCACCGUACAUCUUUGGUUUUGUUUAGUGUUCAGAACCGCGUAUGGCGUCAUAAAUUGAAAGAUGAGUGAAAAAUACGAUGGUCAGCUUGGAGAAAUACUUUCAGAUUUAGGACAUGCUGUUUCGUUUCUUGACUGCGUAUUCGGAUUCCUCCAUAGACGAACUGAUUUCUACCGACCAGAAGAUGGGCCGCCUGCGUCACACGAAGACAUUGAAAAAGUUGUUCUCGGCAUUUUCAGGAAGUGGCAAGAGCGCACUGAGACAGAACCGGUAUCAUACAGUGGAGAUGAUUUGCCAGUAGCUCAAGAAUAUGAGGUUGGUGAUGACAGCCUAGCACCUGGUAAUCGCCGAAUACUGAAAGCUGUUUCCCGAAAGAAGAAGACUGGAGCUAGUGAAAGAAGUGAAAUGGCUGUUGAUACUCCAAGCAGUUCCGUUGACAUUGACAGUGAAAUGACUGAUGUCAGUAUGACUGCGAAUGUUGGGAGCAGCUCUGACGAAGUAUGCAGCAGUCAGGAUGAAACGGGAAGUUUAGUUGACAAUGUUGGUAGCAGUACCGAUGAAACAGGUUGCUCUGGCAGUGGCAGCUCUGAUGACAAAUGUUUAGGAGCCCCAGGAGUGGAGGCAAUUGCUGUUUCCAGCUCUGACUGUUACAAUGGUGCUGUUAGGGACAACUACCGCUGGUCACAGACCAUCACAGACCUUGAUGUACAGGUAAUUGUGGGUCCAAAUGUACAAAAGGGCAGCACAGAUGUUAGAGUGUCAGUGACAUCAAACACAGUGAGAGUGGAGACACGUGAUAAAGAAGAUGAAUGGAAGACUGUAGUUGAUGGUGAACUAUGCUGGUUAGUAAACAGAGAAGAAUGCAUUUGGUCACUUGUCCCAGGCCAGUAUGUUCAGAUUCACUUGGAGAAAACAAAAGAGCGUUGGUGGGAGGCACUUCUUAAGUCAGAGCCAAAAAUUGAUUUAACACAGAUUGAUGCGAGUCGACCAAUGGAUGAGCUGUCUGAAGAAGAACACAUGAAGAUUGAAGAACUUAUGUGGAAUGAGCAGCGCAAAAUGAAGGGUCUGCCAACUUCUCAAGAACUGGGGCUGUCAAACAUUUUAAAGGAUGCAUGGGACAAAGAAGGGUCGCCUUUCAAGGGACGUCCCUAUGACCCUUCAUUGUUGAGUUUCGCAAGUGGUUCAUGCACUAUCCAACCAGAUGGGAACUAAAUAAAUUAUGUACACUUUUAAAGUUUCGUGAUGUAUUCAUCUUCAGAAGUUUAUUAUGAGUGUAGAGAUCCCACAACUCAGUUACAUCGUAUUGCACAGUUGCAUCGUAUUGCACAUGUUUUGUAAUAGAUAUACGGAAAAAUGUUGUGAUUUCUUUUUAGAAUUAUGAACCUCAUUUGUUUCUUCUUGUUUUGCCUGUCAUACUUUGAUUUGUCUCUUGUUCGAUCUGGAAUUUGUAUCAAAGUUGUGUGGAAAUGUGUAUUUUUCAUGAAC